GAUAACAAAACAACAGAGCUUAUCUGAAGCACCAAGCCUAUUCCUACACAAACUUCAAACCACAUUGAAAAGAAAUCCAUCUAAUCUUCUUAAAAUUCGAUUCGUACUUCAAUUCUGGUAUCAACAUUCGCAGAAAAUCCAAGUAAAUCAACAAAUUUGUACACGAAAUAGUAGAAGACGAAGCAGAAACGAGAAAGAAGAAGAUGAAAGUUCAGAUCUCGGAGGCUGAGAGAGAGAUAGACCUGGUAAGCGGAAGUGGCAACGCCGAAGGUGAAUGUGGAAGGGAAGUUAGAGCGGUGGGUGACCGGAGCGACGGCGAGAUUAGUCAAGUUAAGUUUCUGUGCCAUUUUUUCCGAUUAGUAUGGAAUCUGAUAGAAGAAGAUACGCCAAAGGUUGCGGAGAUAAAUAUCGGAAAGAAGGCCUAAAUCAGCCCGAAUGUUUUGGUCUACCAAUUUUAAUAGAAUUGCAUUUUCUUU